UCAAAAUACUGUUUUUUGUUUCCUUUCCUUCAUCCAAUUCUUUCUCAAUGUCAUCCUCAACAAUCCUGCUUCGCGCCUCCAUUCUCCUCUUCCUCCUCCUCACACUCUUCAACUUCGCAGAGCCGCUCUCUGUUCAAGAUUCACAGAUGUCGACUAAUAUGGAAAGCUCGGCAAGUUCUCCGCCAACACUCAUAGAUUGUGGUGCGGCGUGCGGGUAUCGGUGCAGCAAGUCGAGGAGGCCGCGCUUGUGCAGAAGGGCGUGCGGGACGUGCUGUGCGCGCUGCCACUGCGUGCCGCCGGGAACUUCUGGCAACCAAGACAAGUGCCCGUGUUAUGCGGCCCGUACCACCCACCAUGGCCGGCGCAAGUGCCCUUAGCUGAUUUCUAAUGUUAUUUCGUCUGUCUGGAUAUAAUUCAUGAUGU